AUGGAUUUCUUUAACGAUUCUAAUUUUUCUCUCGGAGACACUAAUUCAACAACAACAGCUGUAGAUGGGACACUUCUUGGCAGUGCCAUCCUCCCUGUCAUCUUUGGCAUCAUCUGCUUUCUGGGUAUCAUGGGGAAUUGCAUUGUCAUCUACACCAUCAUGAAGAAAACCAAGUGCCGUGCCAAACAAACUGUUCCAGACAUCUUUAUCUUAAAUUUGUCAAUUGUUGAUCUCCUGUUUCUACUUGGGAUGCCAUUCCUAAUCCACCAGUUGCUGGGCAACGGUACCUGGCACUUUGGAGCUGUAAUGUGUACUGUCAUCACUGCGCUUGACUCCAAUAGCCAGAUCGUCAGUACAUACAUCCUCACUGCAAUGACCCUUGAUCGUUACUUGGCUACGGUCCAUCCCAUCCGCUUCAACUACAUCCGCACACCCUGUGUGGCUGCGUUGGUAAUUGGCCUGGUGUGGGGUCUGUCCCUGCUCACCAUCAUCCCUGUGUGGAUGUACGCAGGCCUGAUGCCACUUCCAGAUGGCCUGGUGGCCUGUGCUCUACUUCUGCCUGACCCGGUGACUGACACAUACUGGUUUACACUUUAUCAGUUCUUCUUAGCAUUUGCUAUACCUUUAUCCAUCAUCUGCCUGGUGUUCUUCAAGAUCCUCCAGCACAUGUCCACCAGUGUGGCACCAUUGCCUCCACGGAGUUUGAGGGUGCGUACCAGGAAGGUGACCCGAAUGGCAGUAGCUAUCUGCUUGGCUUUUUUCAUCUGUUGGGCCCCUUACUACAUUCUCCAGCUGGUCCACCUUGGAGUGCACAAGCCAAGCCUGGCUUUCUCCUAUGCCUACAAUAUAGCCAUUAGCAUGGGUUAUGCUAACAGCUGCAUCAACCCAUUCCUUUACAUUAUCCUCAGUGAGACCUUCAAGAGGCUCUUCCUCAGAGCGGUACGCCCAGUUAAUAGAAAGUUUCGUGUGAACCCGAGCACCACAGAUGGCGGAAGUAUGAGUGUGAGAAUGGUACCUGAAGGGGCUCAGCAGGAGCCAGCCUCUGGGGAGAUGAUACCCUCCAAUGUGGCUUCACAGUGA